CAUUUCUUUCUUCUUCAUUUCUUCGAUCUAAUCUUUCCUCUCCUACCCACCCAAAGUUCCAUCAGGCAUUCGACCCCGCCCCUCCCCAGGAAAAAAAAAAAAAAAAGACAAAGAAAAGGAGGAUCUAAAACAUCUUUUCAGGUUUCGCGAUGGCAUCGAAGCGGAUCUUGAAGGAAUUGAAGGAUUUACAAAAGGAUCCUCCUACUUCUUGCAGCGCUGGUCCUGUUGCCGAAGACAUGUUUCAUUGGCAGGCAACAAUCAUGGGUCCACCAGACAGUCCUUAUGCUGGGGGUGUUUUCCUAGUGACCAUUCAUUUUCCUCCAGAUUAUCCUUUUAAGCCUCCCAAGGUGGCAUUUAGAACAAAGGUAUUCCACCCCAAUAUUAACAGCAAUGGGAGCAUUUGCCUAGACAUCUUGAAGGAGCAGUGGAGUCCUGCACUAACGAUUUCCAAGGUAUUGCUAUCAAUCUGUUCUUUGCUGACGGACCCAAAUCCUGAUGAUCCAUUGGUGCCGGAGAUUGCUCAUAUGUACAAGACAGACAGGAACAAGUACGAGACAACUGCAAGGAGCUGGACCCAGAAGUAUGCCAUGGGCUAAACGAGCUUUGGUGUGUGUGAGAGGGGAGGCCCUUGGUUCUUUUAUAUUUUGGCUUUUCAGUUCUAUGUAUGAAUGUUUGUUCCUAAAAUGGACCAAGGAGGUCCUCAUCAUGCCCUUAGUUAAGGAAGAAACGCAAAUGUUGCUUUCUGUUGUUGUAUGGAUAAUGUAACUUUGGAACAGAGAAACUUUGUGUCCUCAUUCUGAAUGUUCGCUA